UAAUGUACUGAUUGUAUUUAUUAUCACAUCAUGUGAAACAAUAAUGCGAAUUUAUAUGUGAUACCUUCUCAAGAACCAUAAAGAAUAAUUAAACUUAUACUGUUAUAAGCUAUUAUAAUACGCGAUAUCAACGAGAUCCUCAUUAGAUCUUCAUUAGUAUGUAUUGAGAUCCUCAUUAAAUUUCUUGUACCGUGCUCACGCAUAUGCGUCUAGCUUGCCAAACGAAAGUUUAUUACGAGCAAGAAAGCGUGGAGGCCUUUUACUUGAACUAGUAACUUUCACGCGCGUUGAAAUAAAAAUCGCUACGUGUCGUGCGGCUUGUGCGGGAUACACGAGAUACAUUUGUGCAUUGAUUAGUUAGUACGUUCAGACUUUACUGUUGCUUCUUGGAUACAAAUCCGCAUCCAAGAUGAGCGUGCUUGCUUGCUGGCGCAUCGGGUCUGCCUUUGACGUCGAUCAUGCUCGAUUUAUAGCGUACACGUGCACUCCGUUUAAUUUGACGUUCCGUCGUGAUAAAAUGCCGCAUUGUUCGGCGAUUAAGUGACUCUCGCGGCUGUACAACUGGAGAAUAAUACGAUGUGAUGCGAUGAAUAGACGCGUUCUUAUCUUUUACGAUCUUAUCAUAUUCGACCCAAAAAUUUACCCAUAAAACGAAAACUACUUUUUUUUUUUUUUUGAGAUUGAAGGAGGGCGAGGAAAACGUUUGAGGGGAAGGUUCAUUCUUUAUCCGUGGGGAUGAAAUCAAUUCGGUCAUCCCCGAUCGUUCCCUAACAGGCAUGCUCCAUGGAACUCCAAGUAUUUGAGCUCAUCAUCGAGCGGUUCUUUCCGCGCCUCCAGGUCGGCAUUGUCAUACGUAUGCCGAGCUGUUGAGCGAUAUCAGCCGGCUUACCGCGCGGUCGCUCUGCUUUUAUCACCUCUGUCGAAAGAAGUGCCGUGAGCAAAAAAGCGAUCCGUGAGCAACCGAUCUUGAGACAGGCAGGCGAAGUUUACCGAAGUUAUCAGUCGUUCAGUGAUAUCAAUUCACGUCGAGUAUCGCGCAAUAUUUUGGUGUAUCGCGCCUUCCCCACUCGUCCACACCUUCGACGGGACAACGAUUCGCUUGAUCAACGGACGUUCGUGUUUCUGUGGCGAAAAGUAGCGACACUUCCACAGGGUAGACUAAUUGUGCAAGUGAUCCCUGGAUCACUCUCUUUACGACAUAUCCGACUGUUUGAAACAGUCGGACGACAGUUGGACGUUAGAGUUUCCAUGGUGAACAGAGCGAAUCGAUAGAUCAAGCUCGGUUUGCUAAUGCAUUGAAAUCGAAUCACGAUUCCAUAUCGCGACUCUUAUCGGAGCGCAACAACAAAGUUUUCCCCGAGAUAUCACGAAAAGUUUCUCUCCUAACGAUCAACAUUCGUUAAAACAAAGAAGAUUAAUUGCUUGCUAACAUGUUGCAUAUGUUACGCGUUUUUUGAAAUUUGUUGCAAUCCUCGCACGAAUAAAAAAACAAAAACACAUUGCUGAAGUAAUUUUGCGAAAGUUAUUUUGUACCUUGAUAUUAUUUCAAAAAUCGAUUAUUGCAAUUAUUUGAUUAGUAAACGCCUGCGUCGGUUUGUCGCGAAUGCUUUGUUCUUAAUUUUUACGACUUUCUUCUGCUUAUCUACUGUGUCGAGUGAUAGGGAAUAGAUAAUUUUCGUCUAAAUCGAGAGGCAGAUAAGGAACUGGAGCAGCGUAUAACAAUUUUUAAUAAUAUCAAAUGAAAAAGUUCAGGAAUUGUUUAAUAAAGAAAGGUGAGGAAAACAAACCUCUCCUUUACAAAACUUAUGGCGCCGUCAAUACUCUUUGGGAUGGCGACAACGACGACGACGAUUAUGAGGGCACCGCACAUCUGGUGCGCGUACCUUCGCGCGCAUCGCAAGCGCGACAGCUCAUGGAGGAGACAAGAACGGUUAAAAUUGACAUUCAAGGCAUGACCUGCCAGAGCUGCGUAACGAACAUCGAAAGGAUAAUCGGCAAGCGGCCCGACGUCGUCAGGAUCAGGGUAAUUUUAGAGGAGGGAGCCGGCUACGUUGAGUAUAAGACGCACGAAACUACACCUGAGGCAUUGGCGGAGGCGAUUGAGGAAAUGGGAUUCACGGCCGGCGUAUCUAUGUCUGACGACGGAGAGGACGAAUUGAACAACUCCCUAUUAUCUGGUAGCAACACCUGUAGCAUAUACGUAGACGGAAUGACGUGUAUGUCGUGUGUGAAGAACAUUACCGAUGUUCUAUCUGAAAAGCCUGGUAUAAUAAAUGUAGACGUUAGUUUGGAGGAUAAAGAAGCUGUCGUGAUUUACAAUAGCGAUAUCAUAACGGCCGAUCAAAUAGCAGAUCAUAUAGAAGACAUGGGCUUCACCGCAUAUGUGAAGGAAGCGAAUGACAAGGCUGUGAAAUCGCAGUCAGCUGCUGCUCUUAGUAAAAAGAAAGGGAGCGAGAAGAAAAAAGGAAGUGAGAAGAGGAAGGCGGAGGCGAUGCAAGCAACCGGCGCUGGUGAUAUCAAAGAACCGAUACAAUUGUCAAAAUGCUAUUUGCACAUAUUAGGCAUGACUUGCGCUUCCUGUGUCGUUGCAAUUGAGAAACAUUGUAGAAAGCUAUAUGGCGUGCACAGCGUAUUGGUGGCUUUGAUGGCCGCUAAGGCAGAAGUCACAUACGAUUCCGACAAAAUAAGAGCGGAAGAUAUUGCUUCCAGUAUAUCGGAACUGGGUUUCCCUGCGACUUUAACUGAGGAACCCGGAACUGGAGGAGGCGAGAUCGAGUUAAAAAUCGCGGGAAUGACAUGCGCAUCCUGCGUAAAUAAAAUAGAAUCAGCUGUGAAGAAGCUACCUGGUAUACGGUCGGCGGCGGUCGCUCUAGCGACGCAGCGAGGCAAAUUCAAGUACGAAGUGGAAAUAGUUGGUGUCAGAGAUAUCGUCGACUGUAUCAAUAAAUUAGGUUUCACGGCCAGUCCGUUAGGCACUAGAGAUAAGGAGAAUAGGGAUUACUUGGAUCAAAAAGAAGAGAUAAAUAAAUGGCGAACGGCGUUCUUAGUGUCGCUGAUUUUUGGAGUCCCGUGUAUGAUAACGAUGACAUAUUUCAUGCUGAUCAUGUCUUUCGAUAAGAAGACGCAUGAGGAUAUGUGUUGCAUAGUGCCUGGUCUCUCCUGGGAAAAUCUGUUACUCUUCAUAUUCUCUACACCGGUACAGUUCUUUGGCGGUUGGCAUUUCUAUGUGCAAGCUUAUAAAGCCUUGAAACAUAAUACGACCAAUAUGGAUGUUUUAAUCUCAAUGACUACCACGAUCUCUUAUCUUUAUUCCAUCGCCGUCCUCACUGCCGCUAUGAUAAUGCAAGAGAACGUCAGUCCGCAAACGUUCUUUGAUACUCCACCGAUGCUCCUGGUCUUCAUCAGUCUAGGAAGAUGGCUCGAACAUGUAGCGAAGGGAAAGACGUCCGAAGCUCUCUCAAAAUUGUUAUCUUUAAAAGCGACGGAUGCAGUAUUGGUUACACUAGGAAAAAACAACGAAAUAUUAUCGGAACGUUUGAUAAGUAUCGACCUGGUACAACGCGGCGAUGUACUCAAAGUAGUCCAAGGUGCCAAAGUACCUGUCGACGGCCGCGUAUUAUCCGGUCAGUCAACCUGCGACGAGAGUCUUAUCACGGGAGAAAGUAUGCCAGUGGCAAAGAAGAAGGAUUCGAUAGUGAUCGGUGGCUCGAUUAAUCAAAACGGACCGUUGCUGAUCAUCGCUACACACACGGGCGAGCAUACAACACUGGCGCAGAUUGUACGCUUGGUGGAGGAAGCGCAGACGAACAAAGCGCCCAUCCAGCAGCUGGCCGACAAGAUUGCCGGUUACUUCAUACCUCUGGUUAUAUUGGUCUCCAUAAUAACGCUAGUGAUUUGGAUCAUCGUAGGCUAUACGAAUGUUGACCAGCUGCCUCUAUCGCACACUGAUCAAAUCAAUAGGCGUGCUAUGAAUCGCGAAGAAAUUAUAUUUCAAUAUGCUUUCCGAAGUGCCCUAGCGGUACUUGCGAUUGCUUGUCCUUGCGCACUUGGUCUGGCUACACCAACUGCGGUUAUGGUUGGUACAGGCGUAGGCGCGCUGAACGGCAUACUGAUCAAAGGUGCCGAGCCACUAGAGAAUGCGCACAAAGUCAAAUGCAUCGUUUUUGACAAGACGGGAACAUUGACGCAUGGUACGCCAGUUGUUACCAGAAUUGGUAUAUUCGUAGACGAGAAAGUCUGUUCGUUAGGAACGCUGCUACUGAUCGUUGGCACGGCAGAAAUAAACAGCGAACAUCCUAUCGCAUCAGCGAUCGUACGUUACGUAAAAGACACAAUCGGAUCGGCAGCUACUGGGCAAUGCUCGAAUUUUCAAGCGGUCGCCGGCUGCGGUUUGAAAUGUAAGGUAUCUCAUUUGAACUCUGCGUUAUUCGCUGCAUUGAAAUCUGAGAAGAUCAUCAACUACAUGAAUGAAACAUACAAAGCGCCAGCUGGAACGUACAGUCUUAAUAACGUGCCAGUCGACAAUAUGCCAGUUGUCGAAGUAACGUAUGAAAAACGAAAUAUAGAUCUGCAAUUACUUUUAAAUCCCGACGCGUACCGCCCCGAGCGAAAGAUGGACGUAUACGAAGUUUGCAUCGGUAAUCGGGAAUGGAUGCGCCGGAAUGCGAUUACUAUUCCGCAGGAAGUUGAAGCGAGAAUGGUCAACGAAGAGGACCUAGGACAUACCGCUGUCUUAGUCUCAAUAAACAAUAAUCUGGUCUCUAUGAUCAGCGUCGCUGAUACGGUGAAGCCCGAGGCACACCUCGCGGUUUAUACCCUGAAGAAAAUGGGAUUGCAAGUGAUUCUCUUAACGGGCGAUAACAGAAAAACCGCGGCAUCGAUUGCCAGACAGGUCGGCAUCAGCAGAGUUUUUGCGGAAGUUUUACCAUCUCAUAAGGUGGCUAAAAUUCAACGACUGCAGGAUCAAGGUUUGAGAGUCGCCAUGGUAGGAGACGGUGUCAAUGACAGUCCAGCUCUCGCUCAAUCAGAUGUCGGUAUCGCUAUUGCAUCAGGCACGGAUGUUGCUGUAGAGGCUGCCGACGUUGUUCUUAUGCGCAACGAUCUUCUGGAUGUAAUUGCGUGUUUAGAUCUAUCAAGAAAAACGGUUCGCAGGAUAAGAAUGAACUUCCUAUUCGCUAGUGUCUACAAUCUUCUGGGCAUUCCCAUAGCUGCCGGAGUAUUUAGUUCCUUUGGUGUCUUCCUACAGCCGUGGAUGUCUUCCGCCGCUAUGGCUUUAAGUAGUGUAUCAGUAGUAGGAUGUUCUUUAUUAUUGAAGCUUUAUCGUAAACCAACCAAAGCAACGUUGGAAACUUCCGAAUACCAAGCAGCUAUGCAUGCUCAUUCCACAGCACGAAUGAUCGAUUUGGAUUCGAUAUCGCUCCAUCGCGGAUUAGAUGAAUCAGUUACGCCAGUUAUGAACAGAUCAACGUCCACAUUAUCCAGAAUAUUUGGAAAAUCAAAACUCGAGGCGGAGGGCCAUCUUCUUGGCGAGGAAGUAGAUGAAAUUGAUUUAGCCAUGGAUUUUUCAAAUUAUCGUAAAAACGGGAAGAACUCUACGGACAUAACUUCUGUAUAA